AUGGCUGGGCGCACUCGGCGCGCUUGUGAGAGCUGUCGACUCCGCAGGGUGAAGUGUAACGGUUACCCCGACCGUUGUCGCCAAUGCAGUCACUUGGACCUGAAAUGUGCUUACCCAACGAAAACGAAAGACACGUCGCGUGUUGGGAUUGCGCGAGGCUCAGUCAUCUCGCGUCUUAAAGACUCUUCAGCCCCGACACAAGCAUCCACCACCACUCACCGACUCCAGCCGGCUGCGGAAUAUGGAUAUUCUCGCAUCAAUGACGAGCCAAUUCGUACUGCUGGGAGCCAGGACGUAGCUUCAACGAUAUAUCCCCCCAACAUCGAAUGCGACUCAUUCUCGGCGGACUUCUUUAGAGCAUUGAUCGACGACUACAGACUCUAUGUCUACGAUGUGAACCCCAUCAUCCUGCCCUCUGAGAUCUUGCAAUCCAUCGACGUAAUGCAUCAGCCAGGACAUGGUGUCGAUAACGCCUUGGUUUACGCAUACGCUGCCGUGACGUUGAAUCUUACGACUGAAAACUGGCAGUCCGAUCCUGUGCACUCCGCGCGCAUACGCCAACUUAUUGGUCUGGCUUUAAAGGCACGGAACGCUGUCAUCGCGGACUGUAUGAGCAAGCUUCCGUCAAGGAUCGAGCCCCUCUUGACAGCACGCCUAGUCAUGUCUGCCAUCUUCGUUGAAAUCUGUGCGAUGGCCGAUGGAAAGUACCCCGAAGCCUUUCUCAUCUUACGAGAAGCCAUUGCCAUGAUUCAGCUGCUUGAGGUUGAUCGCCUGGUUGCUGAGGACGGAUCCCACCGAUACUCGAACGGCACUCAUCUCCCUCCAUCGGAACGGUCAAGACUCAUCCGCUUGUAUUGGGAAGCCUUCAUUCAUGAGCGAUUCCUCAUGGUGGUAGCAUAUUAUCCGACAACGCUAAGCCCGCUGCCGGAGAAUAUAUCACUGUCUGGCCAUGAUCCCACGGUAUCCAUCAACGUCCAUGUAGGGUGGUACUAUCUUAUUAAGCUAUUCUGCGUGCUGGAUCACGACUUUAUGCAGGUAUGGCUGAGCUAUGGCAACUCCUCUACCUCCUCACAUGUCUCAGCGGCUUGGAUUGAGGAGAAGAUGCAGUAUUUGGAUGAUGCCUAUCGGAUUGAAUCAGACAUUCACCAGACCAACGACAUGAGCCUGCCAAGCCAGGAUUUCAUGUCACCAUCAGCAUCAAGCCCCACGUCAAGUCGAGAUUUAUUCACCGCUGGCGCAUGUCUCACUAAUCUGCAAAGAGCAGACAUCGUAAUAACUCGGCAGUGGCUGCUUAUGCUGUUGUGGCAAUUGGCAAUUUCCAACUGCGUCUUAGCCUCCGAGACUGGAGCAACUCAGGAGAGCGCAAUGUCCCUGCAGUUUCCCGCGCGCCUCUCCAAACAGCUACGCCAUGUUGUUGCUGAACUUGGCAGGCAAAGCAUCGAGCGGCAUGGCUCAGGAAUUCUGAAGAAAUUAUUCGAGAUUACAAAUGCACUUGCCGAUGUCAUCUUACAUGCUCCCACCGACCUGUCGAGCGAGAUGGCUCAGAGGUUGGACGACUUCAUCUUUCUGUUUGACUUCCUGCGCAAUUCUAGCAAUCUUACCGAUGUACAAAUCACAAUGCUCGAAGAGAAGCACACACAAAUCAUGACAACCAGUUAG